AUGCAGAAGACGGUCGUUAUCCUUGGUGCAGGCUGGGCCGGGCUUCCCUUGGCGCACAAGCUCUUGAAGUACACGACACCCAAGGUCCCCAAACUCAAAGUCAUUCUCGUAUCGCCAAAUUCACACUUCUUCUGGAACGUUGCCGCUUCUCGCGCCAUCUUGCCAAAACAAAUCCCCGAUGAUCAGGUCUUCAUCCCAAUACAACCUGCCUUUGAGAGGUACGCACAGGAGAACUUUGAGUUUAUUCUCGGCAGGGCGGAAAACGUGGAUCUGCAAGCGAGUACUGUCACCCUCGUUAUCGCCACCGGGUCCCGACUCGCCGGAAACACACCGUUCAAGCUACUUGGCAGUCACGAGACAACGAUUACUGCGUGGCACAAAAUGAGGGAGCAGGUGGAACAUGCCAAAUCUAUCAUCAUUUCCGGAGCGGGCCCCACAGGGGUGGAAUUUGCAGGGGAGCUGGCAGCCUUGUACGGAUCGUCGAAAACCAUCACCCUCAUCAUUAGUGGGGACGAGCCGCUCGAGGGAGCCCUUGCGGUUAGGGUCACCAAUACCGAAGAAGUAGCGCCCGCAGGUCCGGUUGAGGUAACCCUCACCGAUGGGUCCACUAUCAAGGCGGAUAUGUACGUACCAUUUCAUGGCGCCAAAGUCAACUCGGCGUUUAUCCCAGAUGAAUUACUCGACCCUACCGGUAGCAUCAAGGUGGACAAGAGCCUCAAAGUGGAAAACACCCGGAAUUUAUGGGCCAUCGGAGACGUAGGCAACGCCGAACCCAAGCAGUUAACUCCAUACCGGCCAAUGGAAAAGAAGAUGUUGUUUAUUGCUCUCGGAAAGAAACUAGCAUCCGGGCAUAUCGGAUCAUGGAGGCUCUUUGGCCUCAUCGUCUCUUACGUCAAAGGUAGAAAACUAUUCGUGGAUACCGCAGAGGGGUAUGUUCAAGGCAAGCAUCUGCGCCAUGCCGCGAUGUAA